GUGACGAACUGCUGGAACCUGAGACUGCAGCCGUUCCACGAUGCCGGUGAUGAAGGGCCUCCUCGCUCCGCAGAACACCUUCCUGGACUCCAUCGCAAACCACUUUGAUGGAACCCACAGUAACUUCCUGCUGGGGAACGCGCAGGGCCGCUGCGGAUACCCCAUUGUGUACUGCUCUGAUGGGUUCUGUGAGCUGACCGGCUUCGCCCGCACCGAGGUGAUGCAGAAAACCUGCACGUGCAGCUUCCUCCACGGCCCCGAGACCAGCCAGCAUGUGACUCAGCAGGUGGACAAAGCCCUGGAGGGACAGCGGGAGUACCAGGAAGAAGUCUGCUUCUACAGGAAGAACGGAAACCUGUUCUGGUGCCUCCUGGACAUCGUGCCCAUCAAAAACGAGAAAGGCGAGGUGGUGCUGUUCCUGCUGUCCUUCAAAGACAUCACUGAGGCUUAUGGGAAAGGCCAUCACUUCGCUCAGGGAGAAGGUUUGUCUGAAGCCGCUCACCAAGGCAGGAAAAGCCAGCGGUCGCACUUCUCCAGAGCUCGAGAAAGAGGGAGGAGCUUCCUGCACCAGCUGAACAGCUUCUUCACCCAGAGGGGCAAGAGGAAGCUGACCAGCAGCGUGUUCCAGAAGCCGUCCGUACCCGAGUACAAGGUGGCGGCCGUGAAGAGGUCCCGCUUCAUCCUGCUGCACUACAGCGUCUCCAAAGCGCUGUGGGACUGGCUGAUCCUGCUGGCCACCUUCUACGUGGCCGUCACCGUGCCUUACAACGUCUGCUUCGUCAGCCACGACGAGGGCGGCGACCGGCGCUCGCUGGUCAGCCGGAGCACCAUGGGCAGCGACAUCGCGGUGGAGAUGCUCUUCAUACUCGACAUCGUCCUGAAUUUCCGAACCACCUACGUGAGCCAGUCGGGUCAGGUGGUGUACGACACCCGCUCCAUCUACCUCCAUUACUGCACCACCUGGUUCUUUGUGGAUCUGAUCGCCGCGCUGCCGUUCGACCUCCUCUACGCUUUCAACAUCACGGUGACCUCUCUGGUGCACCUGCUGAAGACGGUCCGCCUGCUGCGUCUGCUGCGCCUCUUGCAGAAGCUGGACCGUUACUCGCAGUACAGCGCCGUGGUCCUCACCCUGCUCAUGUCCGUCUUCGCCCUGCUGGCUCACUGGAUGGCCUGCGUCUGGUACGUCAUCGGGCGCAAAGAGAUCGAGAGCAGCGACCCCAUCACCUCUGACAUAGGUUGGCUUCAGGAGCUGGGGAAGCGGCUGGAGACGCCGUACAUCAACAGCACGGUGGGCGGGCCGUCCAUGCCCAGCGCCUACAUCGCCUCGCUCUACUUCACCCUCAGCAGCCUCACCAGCGUCGGGUUCGGCAACGUGUGCGCCAACACGGACGCAGAGAAGAUCUUCUCCAUCUGCAUUAUGCUCAUGGGAGCCCUGAUGCACGCCGUGGUCUUCGGCAACGUGACGGCCAUCAUCCAGCGGAUGUACUCCCGCCGCUCGCUCUACCACACCCGCAUGAAGGACCUCAAGGACUUCAUCCGUGUGCACCGUCUUCCUCAGCAGCUGAAGCAGCGGAUGCUGGAGUACUUUCAAGCCACCUGGUCGGUCAACAACGGCAUCAACGCCAAUGAGCUGCUGCAUGACUUCCCGGACGAGCUGCGGGCCGACAUCGCCAUGCACCUGAACAAAGACAUCCUGCAGCUCCCCGUGUUCGAGCGAGCCAGCCGAGGCUGUCUGCGCUCGCUCUCCCUGCACAUCAAGACGUCCUUCUGCGCGCCGGGGGAGUACCUCAUCCGCCACGGAGACGCCCUGCAGGCCAACUAUUUCGUCUGCUCGGGCUCCCUGGAGGUGCUGAAGGACGACAUGGUUCUCGCCAUCCUGGGCAAAGGCGACCUCAUCGGGGCCGACCUCCCCGAUCAGGAGCAGGUGAUCAAAACCAACGCGGACGUGAAGGCGCUGACCUACUGUGACCUGCAGUACAUCAGUGUGAGGGCCCUGAGAGAGGUCCUGGGCCUGUACCCAGAAUACAGCAGCCGCUUCAGCUCCGACAUCCACCACAACCUCACCUACAACCUGAGAGAGGGCAGCGAGGCUGAUGGAGCAAAACGAUUUGUGUGGACUCCCAGGUCAUCUCAGGGCCACAUCUCUCUGGACCGAAAACUGCCCUACAUCAUCGAGGCGGACAAUGCAAAGCAUGCGGAACCCUCCAGAUACCCUCAGCAGCGGCGGGUGCCUGUGCUGCAGGGCAUGUCCAGCCCCGACCGCCAGCCCUGCCUCACCUCGCUGCUGGGAGAGGAGCUCCAGCACAUCAGCGCGCUCCACCUCUGCCGGUCGCCCGUUCAGGGAAGCCGCGGCCACAGCCCCUCCCAGCAGCCGUUCAUCCACGAGGAGCUCGCCGCCCCGACUCUGGCCGCUGUCCCGGGUUUAGACCGCCGGCCGACGAAGCUGCUCAUGCCGUCCCUGCCUUGUGUCAGUCCUCUGAACCUGAGCCCCAGAGUCGUGGAUGGAAUUGAGGACAACAGUCCCACGUUUCACUUCAACGUGGAGCACAGCGAGACAAAGACGAACAUCUCUGACCGGUUGCAGGUGAAUGCUAACCUACUGCUGGAGACAGAAGAAGUCAGACAGAACAUCAGCAAGCUGAACAAAGAGGUGAGCGGCUUAAAUCAAGAGGUGUCCAGCUUGGCUAAGGAACUCCACGACAUAAUGCACUUCCUGCAGUCCCACAUGGCCAUGCUCCACUACGCCUCUCCGGUAUCAACGUACUCCUACGGCCUGCAGAUGGUCCCCAACCCCAGUGUCACGACUUCCAGCAACUGGCAGCCCCACGUCCCUCUGAAUAUCUCCACCGGGCCACACCUGCACCGCGAAGCCGUCGGCCGCUCUGCGAGAACCGCGUGGGGCUGCGGCGGACUGUCUCCACAGGGCAGGACCACCACCGUGCUGCACCCGUCGAGCCCGGCGUCGUCCUGUCUGCACCUCUGCUGCUCGGACCGGGAAGGCACGGCGGCCCGCAGGCUGCAGAGCCCAUGCGGCUCAUUUCAGACGCCCAGGUCGACUCCCGGCUCUCCUUACACGGGCCACUCCCAAGCCCAGGGGGGUCCGUCCCUUCUGAGCAUCAGCACCGCCUUCAACGGCUUCCCACUCAUCAGUCAGGCCUCGCAGGUGGGCUACAACCCCCCCACCGUGAGCGGCACCCCCCACCCGCUAUGCUCCACGCUCAAUUCCAGCUGCUCCCACCCGUCUUUUAGCCCUCAGGCCAACCCCGACCCCACGUUUAACCAGAGCAGGUCGCAGACGCCCAUCCAUUCCUCCAUCACCCCGACCGGGCCGCCUCAGUAUCACACUGCCUUCAGCCCCAUGACGCCCUCCAAGGCCCACGCUUCCGUGCACACGGGGCACGGCCCCAGCCAGCGGGCGUCGGUCAGUGGCCCCAGACAGAAUGAGCCGGUAGGGUCGAGUCCCGGGCGCCACACACACGAUCUGUGUGUGGCGCCGAACAGAGACGCUCGAGCUUCGCUGUAUCAGGAGAGGACGGACAAUUCCGACAUACACAGCGUGAGCGGUAAAAGUCUAGCUAUGGAGGAAAUGCCUCACUGA